AUGCAGGUCUGGGAUAAAGAUAUUAUUGAGACAGCAGGAGAUCGAUUUUACGACAAUGUUGUGGAGGAAUUUCUCGACGCACUCAAACAAAACAUCACUGGAGAGUGGUCUGAUCAAGUUGUGAAAUGGGAGAAAUGCAGCAAUAACAAGGUCGCUUGUCCUGAUGUCUACGCACUCUUUGAUGGUGAUGGACAUCAAGUGCCUCAAGAUCUAGUGGAAAAAGUUGGUAAGGUGUUUGAAACCAUUCUGGAAGAGGCUAACAAACUCAGGUAUGAAACAAAUGAAGACAUGUCUAUAGCACAGGCUAUUAAGCUAGUCAUGGAGAGGCAUUCAAUAUGAUGCAUUAUUAAUGAAUUAAGUCUACUUUAUGAGAUUUCAGAUUUUUUUAUUAUUCAUAGGCAUUUAGUUUAGAUCAAGUGACAUUUCUUUAUCUUCUUCUUACAGGUGGAGUUUGAAGGAUUAGGAGAAUUAAGAAGCAAGGAU